GAUUGUGGAAUUCGUUGAGUGAGAGAGAGUGAGUCAAAAACAGAAAGCCACAAAGAAACCACCAUUUUUAGGACCAGAAAUACGCGUGCUCAAUAAGCCAAAAUUCUUCUUCUUCUUCAUCUUCAACCUUUUCUGGAUCUUCACACAGUGACCUUUUUCAGAUCUCACACAUUCCCAUAGUUUCUUUUCUGGGUUGUGACCAACAAUUCAAACUUUUCACAGAUUUAUUGUCGUUUUUUCAACAACCCCAUUCGGUUUUUCUCCAGAUCUGAUGAAAAUGAGCUGAUUUUUGAUACCCCUUUAGUUUAAUAUACUAGAAUAUAUAUUUAUAUUAGUAGAUAGUAACAUUUUCUGAUUGAUUUAUUUUUUCUUCACUAAGUGAUCAAGAAAUGCAAUCGGGAAAUGCUGCGGUGGCGGUGGCGGUGGCGGUGCCGGAGAAAAUGCACAGCAAUGGAGGAGGAGGAGAGGCGGUGGCAGUGCCGCGACAGCAUCAGCAUCAACAGCAAUGGUUUCAUCCUCAGCAAGUGGAUGAGAGGGACGGGUUUAUAUCGUGGUUAAGAGGGGAAUUCGCAGCAUCAAAUGCUAUAAUUGAUGCGUUGUGUCAUCAUCUUAGGUUAGUAGGGGAACCUGGUGAGUAUGAUGGAGUGAUUGGGUGUGUACAACAAAGGAGGGCUAAUUGGAAUAGUGUGCUCCAUAUGCAGCAGUAUCAUUCAGUGGCUGAGGUGAUCUAUUCAUUACACCAGGUGGAAUGGAUGAAGCAGCAAAAGGGUUUUGAUGGAGGGGUUAAUAAGGUGGGAAAGAGGAAUGGGUCUAGAGGAGGAGUAGGAGGAGGAGGGGGUUGGAAAAGUGAGGGAUUGAAAGAUGGAAAAGAGAGUCAGGGUCAGAAUUUUUCUUUGGAUGCUCAUAGUAAAACCAAUGAGGUUGAAAAGAUUGAUGUUGUAGAAGUGAAGCAAGGGGACAAGAAAGAUGAUUGUGCUUACCAAAGCUCACCUACUUUGUUUACGCGGUGUCACACUGGGGAAUUGGCUGCAAAACCAGAAGCAAAUAGCUCAGUGAAGAGUUCAGUUUGCACAGAAGCUGGUGACUCACAAGGUGAAGUAGACAAAACUGAUGAUAAACGUGAUUCAAACUCUGAAGGGUCUUCUAAUGUGGAGAGCGAAUCCCAUUCCAUCCAAAUACCAACUGAGAAGCAGAAUGUUGUACCAAAAACUUUUGUUGCUACAGAGAUAUACGAUGGAAAACCGGUUAAUGUUGUUGAUGGCAUGAAACUUUACGAGGAAUUGCUUAGCAGUUCAGAAGUGUCAAAACUGGUUACAUUGGUAAAUGAUUUGAGAGCUGCUGGUAGAAGAGGACAGCUUCCUGCACAGGCAUUUAUUGUGUCCAAGAGACCUAUGAAGGGGCAUGGAAGGGAGAUGGUCCAGUUGGGCCUUCCCAUUGUAGAUGCACCUCCCGAGGAAGAAUCUGCCAUUUCAACAUACAAAGACCGGAAAACGGAAGCAAUACCUGGCCUUUUCCAAGAUGUUAUUGAUCAACUGAGUGCUAUGCAAGCAUUGUCUGUGAAGCCGGAUGCUUGCGUUAUUGAUAUCUUCAAUGAGGGGGACCACUCACAGCCUCAUUUAUGGCCUUAUUGGUAUGGACGACCAAUAUCUACUCUGUUCUUGACAGACUGUGAAAUGACUUUUGGUAAGGUGAUUGGUGUGGAUCAUCCAGGCGAUUAUCGAGGCUCUCUCAAACUGUCUCUUGCACCAGGGUCUGUACUUGUAAUGCAGGGAAGAUCAACUGAAUUUGCGAAAUAUGCAAUUCCAUCCAUCCGGAAGCAGCGAAUGCUCGUUACUUUUACAAAGUUACAGCUGAGAAGAAUCAAGUCUGGUGAUAGUCAACGUUUCCCUUCAUCAGCAGGAGGUCCCGUCUCCCAGUGGGUUCCUCCUAGCAGGUCAUCAAAUCAUAUACGUCGUCCUUUUGGGCCCAAGCAUUAUGGCUCCAUGCCAACAACUGGUGUAUUACCUAUUCCAGGUGUUCGUCCGCAGUUUGCUCCUGCAAAUAUGCAGCCAAUUUUUGUUCCCGCUACGGUUGCACCAGCUAUGCCUUUUCCAGCACCAGUUGCCCUUCCACCUGCCUCAGCUGGAUGGGCUGUACCCCCUAUUAGGCAUCCCCCACCGCGACUGCCACUCCCUGGCACUGGCGUUUUCCUUCCUCCAGGCUCUGGAACAUCAUCCACUGACAACAUUCCUGCUGAAAAUACUGGUCCUCUUAGUGACGAAACUGUUUCUCAGAAAGUCAACUCAGAUAGUAGUGAAGUACAAACACAAGACUGCAAUGGAAAGGCAGAUGUUAGUGAUGCAGAGAAAGCAGUGGCUUGUGAAGAACAACACUAACAUGCUGAUUUCAUAAAGCAAGGUGGAAAAAUGGCAAAUGCAUCGAUGGAGCAGAAGGUUUACGCUACAAACUGCAGUGAGUUUGAAGAAAAUGUAAAGAGCAGAACAGCAAUUGUUCAGAGUUAUACUUCCAGCAGAGCAAGGGAAGGAGAGUUAUCUCUUCUUCAUGCUCUUCCUUUUUGUUGUCUUGUCAGACAUAAUUAUACAUAUAUAUAUAUAUAUCUUAUAUUAGAUGAGCAACUUAGUUACAAAACUUUAUUGUAGCUUCACAGAAAAAUUUCAACUCAUUAUAUAAAAGUAAUGAGUAGUAGUAUUUCUCUUCUCAUAUAUAUAUAUAUAUGAAUUCAGAAAAAACUUGUAGGCUAAAAUGAACUCUUGACAUUUUCUUCUUUGAUGAUGUCUAAUUAAUUUUCUUUUUUCCA